CACUUUCCCUUUCGCUGUAGCUGCUCCCCUCCCCUCCCGCCUGUCUGGGGCCGCCCCGCGGGAGGGAGUGUGGCUGCAAUCCCGGGCGCCCGGGGUGCUCCCAGCAGCGAGAAGUUGGGGAGGCCCUCCCCAGGGACUAACAGCGCCUGGCUGCGCCGCGUCACCCUCAUCCCCGCACCAGGCCUGUCCCGCUUCCUCUAUCGCCCACUGUGACCCAGGGAUAGCAUUUCUGCGGAGCUGCUGCCCCGGCCUGGGGGCAUGGGCGCAACCACGCCAGAUGGACGAGAAGACCAAGAAAGCCGAGGAGAUGGCUCUGAGACUCUCGCGAGCAGUGGCCGGCGGGGAUGAGGAGGUGGCAAUGCAGUGUGCUAUCUGGCUGGCAGAGCAACGGGUACCCCUGAGCGUGCAACUGAAGCCUGAGGUCUCCCCAACACAGGACAUCAGGCUGUGGGUGAGCGUGGAGGAUGCUCAGAUGCACACCGUCACCAUCUGGCUCACGGUGCGUCCUGACAUGACAGUGGCUUCCCUCAAGGACAUGGUAUUCCUGGACUACGGCUUCCCACCCGUCCUGCAGCAGUGGGUCAUUGGGCAGCGGCUGGCCCGGGACCAGGAGACCCUGCACUCCCACGGGGUGCGGCGGAAUGGGGACAGCGCCUACCUCUAUCUGCUGUCAGCCCGCAACACCUCACUUAACCCUCAGGAACUGCAGCGGGAGAGGCAGUUGCGGAUGCUGGAAGAUCUGGGCUUCAAGGACCUCACGCUGCAGCCCCGGGGCCCGCUGGAGCCAGCCCCCACGAAGCCCGGAGCCCCCCAGGAGCCGGGGCGGGGGCAGCCAGAAGCCACCCCCGAACCCCCGCCGGUCGGCUGGCAGUGCCCCGGCUGCACCUUCAUUAACAAACCCACGAGGCCCGGCUGCGAGAUGUGCUGCCGGGCGCGGCCUGAGGCCUACCAGGUUCCCGCCUCCUACCAGCCGGACGAGGAUGAGAGAGCGCGCCUGGCGGGCGAGGAGGAGGCGCUGCGCCAGUACCAGCAGCGGAAGCAGCAGCAGCAGGAGGGGAACUACCUGCAACACGUCCAGCUGGAUCAGAGGAGCCUGGUGCUGAAUACCGAGCCCACCGAGUGCCCCGUGUGCUACUUGGUGCUGGCGCCCGGCGAUGCCGUGGUGCUGCGUGAGUGUCUGCACGCCUUCUGCAGGGAGUGUCUGCAGGGCACCAUCCGCAACAGCCAGGAGGCGGAGGUCUCCUGCCCCUUCAUUGACAACACGUACUCGUGCUCGGGCAAGCUGCUGGAGAGGGAGAUCCGGGCGCUGCUGCCCCCCGAGGAUUACCAGCGGUUUCUGGACCUGGGCAUCUCCAUCGCGGAAAACCGCAGUGCCUUCAGCUACCACUGCAAGACCCCGGACUGCAAGGGCUGGUGCUUCUUUGAGGACGACGUCAAUGAGUUCACCUGCCCAGUUUGCUUCCACGUCAACUGCCUGCUCUGUAAGGCCAUCCACGAGCAGAUGAACUGCAAGGAGUACCAGGAUGACCUGGCCCUGCGGGCUCAGAACGAUGUGGCCGCCCGGCAGACGACAGAGAUGCUCAGGUCCAUGCUGCAGCAGGGCGAGGCCAUGCACUGCCCGCAGUGUCGCAUCGUGGUGCAGAAGAAGGACGGCUGUGACUGGAUCCGCUGCACCGUCUGUCACACCGAGAUCUGCUGGGUCACCAAGGGCCCGCGCUGGGGGCCUGGGGGUCCAGGAGACACCAGUGGGGGCUGCCGUUGCCGAGUGAAUGGGAUUCCUUGCCACCCCAGCUGCCAGAACUGCCACUAGCCAAGGACGGCCCGGUCCCCAUGCUGACCCAGCCCCACAUGCCCGUGCAGCUGUAGGACAGGGCUGGUGCUUUGGCUCACAUUUGCAGCCUGGGAGAUGCUGUUGUGCUUGGCUGCGAUGGAGGCCUUGUAGAGACUGAGGCCCCUGAGCUAGGAGGACGGCUUCCUUUGCAAGGCGUGUUGCAGGGGCCAUGCCUCACCUCACCGGUGGGGGUGGUCCCUGGCUGCAGCUGCCCCAGGGCCUUUGCCCUUCCUCGGGGGCUUGCUGGCCAGACCUCUCAGCUCUUCAGAACUCUGCCUGACCCUGGCCAGAGGUCUUGCCGGAUGGAAUCUGUGAGACCCAGGGGGAGUCCACACUCCUCACUUCACCACCCCAGUCUGCUGACUGCUGAGCACUCACGGCCCACCGCUGCCCCAAGAGCCUUUUGGGGCUGACUGUUCUCUGCCUUUGCUGUCAGAGGCCUGGGGCCUCUUAGAGAACUGCUGCUAAUCCUGUUCAGGGCCAGGAGAGAGACCUGGCGGUUUCUAAAGCAUGGCCCAUCAGGUUCAUCUUUCAUGCCCCAUUCUUUGCUGCUGUGUAAGCUAAUUAAAAUGGCUUUCCAGGAAGGGAGGAGUAUGAUGUCGUGAGAGGGAGUGAAAGGGACGUAGGCAGGACCCUUUGUGCAGGCAGAAUCCCCGACUAGCUGGGAAUUGCACCAGGAAAUUGAUAGGCUGGCCUCUGUCAAUGGUGGAGCGAAGGUGUGACGAGGCACCGGGGUCCUCACUCGGUCUAGGCACCUUCGUGCCCACCCUGAGGGACAGGAUGCUCUUGGACCCGCACGCAGCCGGACAGGCAGGGUGCGACUGCAGCCACACCCAGAGGGUCACGAGUACAAAUGGAGGGGCACAGGGCCGGCCCAGGUUCUGGCCUCCAGCACCUGACGGGCCAGCAGGUGAGGGGUCCAAAGACAGGCAGGCCUCAGGUGCUUCCUACUGCGGGAGACACCUCUACUUCCUGAGGGGGCAGCCCAUUUCCGGGGGCCCUCACCAUCCACAGCCCAGUGUCAACUCACCAGGGCAGACUUGCAACCAAACCCCACGGGCUAUGGACCCGAGCCACCUACCUGAGGAAGCAGCAGGCGGCCCCUCUGGACUUGUGGGACUUGUGGGCCAGUCUGUCGGUCCCAGAGCAGGGGAAUGGAAGGGGAAGCCCGCUGCCGCUGGAUCGGGCAGGAAGCAGAGGGCGGGGGCCUGGGGCUGGCAUCACAGCCGCUCGCUUAAAGGGCAGGAAGUUGGAGGCAAGCCCACUACCGCCUUGCUGCCUUAAAAAGGCUGCUGGGCAAAUUCCAGCUGUCUGGAAAUCUGGAGAAAAGACUAUAGUUGCUCGUUGGCUGCGGGAGCGGGCAGGGCAGGGCAGGAAGACAAUGCCAGGCUGAGCCUCACACCCCCAUCAUCUCGGCUGGAUUUGGCAAAAGCCUCUGGCCUGGUCUUUCCUGCAGGCAGCGCGUGCUCCCUGGACCAGUGAGGGGGUCCUAGUGCUGGGCUGGCGAAAGGCACUUAUUGAUCGAUAAAUGUUCACUGAAAUGUAAUUAAAACACUGCACAACCUCACGGUUUGCAUGGCAUUUCCACAAACAUCAUCUCAUUAAACUGCCCAUGUGGAUGA